AUGUCUCCGGCUCCAAUGUCAAACCCUCCCCGCUCAAGUCCUGAAUCCAGUCAGGCACCUAACAGCACGUCAGCCAUGGCAUUCCAGCCGUCUGCGCAGGGUUCUAUACUGCGACGGACGCGCCCCAGCCAUGUCCAGACUGGCCUCCAAGCCAAUUCGCUGCUCAACUCGCUACCGGCGUCAGCCAUUAGUGCCUCUUCGGUGGCAUCCAGUUCUCAGCAUGACUCUCCCAUCAUGUCCCCAGAGAAUCCGGUGUUAACCACCAGUAGUUCCAUCCAGCCAUCCCCAGAGCCCUAUCGUGGCCGUGAUGUCGAACAAUUUCCCCCGCCACCUUUCACUCUGGGCGAUCCGCUACUGUUGCAGCACAAGAACAGCAGCAACUCCAUAAACCCAAGCUCAGCCACCACCACCGGCUCUAUGGCCGAAGCAUUGCAACAAUGCACCAGCAGCAACAGCGGCAACAAAAACUUGAUACGACGGUUCUCGAGUCGAGCUUCUAGAUUUGCCCGCACCUCUCGGCGACAGUCUUCAGUCGCGCCCAAGAGUCGAGAUGGCAGUCUGGGGCCCGGCAUUAUCCGGCGUAGAAGCGAUAGUACCAACACUGCGCCUCCGGAUAACGUCUUCACAGAUUCAGAUGAUGAGAUUGUCGCCGAUGAGAGAGACGAGUACAUGUCGUUUGCCCUCCCAGGAGCCCAACUACGCGAGUUUUCUUCCACUAGCAACCCCGGCUCCAUUGCGGGCUCUGCCACACCCAUCGAUCCUCCAGCCGGCCCCGUCAUCCCCAUGGCCUUGGUGAAGGGCACGUGGAUUUUCAAAAUGUCCAAAAAGAGAAAGUACAAAAAGAUAUUCCUCGUUCUGGACCUGGAGGCCGCAAAGAUUAUUUGGAACAGAAGCCGACCGGCCAAGUGUAUCUACAUUGACGACAUCAAGGACAUUCGGAUAGGAUCCGACACUCGGCAGUACCGUGCUGACUUCAAUCUCCCCGACUCCGAAGAGGGUCGCUUCUUCUCCAUCAUGUAUGCCGUUGCCGACAAGUCGAAAAGCAAGCUCAUGCAUUUGCUGGCCGAGGACGAGGAGACGUUCAGUAACUGGGUUACGGCCCUCGACGCGAUAUCCAAACAUCGACAGGAUUUAAUGACGUCUCUCAUGUCAUUCAAUGACAAGGCAAUCCGGUCCUAUUGGAACAGCGAGAUGACAAAGCAGUUCGAAGGAAAGCCUCACUCGGCUGACGAAGAAGAGAUUGACAUGCCAGGUGUGGAACGCGUUUGUCGGAAUCUCCAUAUUCACGUGGCAUACAAAGAGCUUCAGAAUAAAUUUACUGUCGCAGAUGCCACGAGGACGGGGCGACUCAACUUUGCCGAAUUUCAGGUCUUCGUUCGGGAGAUGAAAGUGCGCGCUGAUAUUCGCACAGUCUACCUGGAGCGAGCGUCGAACCCGCAAAGCGGCCUGGCCUGGCACGAAUUUGCCCUGUUUCUUUGUGAGGUCCAGGGCGAGGAUGUUGAGUCCGACGUUCGCAAUUGGGAGGCCAAGUUCAAUCGGUUUGCUCGUCGUUCGAAAAAAGAGGGCGACUUGCGGGAUGCUGACGCAGAUGUCCCGAGAAUGACUGAACAGGCGUUAGUGGCGUAUCUCACUUCCACUUUCAACUUGCCCGUCCUCCGUGAACCAACCGAAUAUACCCUCGACAGGCCGCUGCAUGAGUAUUUCAUUUCUAGCUCCCACAACACGUAUCUGUUGGGCCGCCAAGUUGCCGAUGAUUCCAGUAUUGAGGGAUACAUUACCGCUCUCAUGAAAGGUUGCCGCAGCAUAGAGAUCGACUGCUGGGACGGAAGCGAUGGACAACCCAUUGUCCAACACGGAUACGCGUUGACAACUUAUAUAUCAUUCCGCGAAGUCAUCCACAUCGUCAACAAAUAUGCCUUCGUGACGAGCCACUUCCCGCUGUGGGUCUCGCUUGAGGUGCAUUGCGAUGCACCUCAGCAAGGUGUCAUGGCUGACAUCAUGAGGGAGAUAUUCGGGUCGCGUCUCGUCACGGAGCCUCUGGACUCAUCAUCUGACAAGCUGCCAUCGCCUACGGAGCUCAGGGACCGGGUCUUGGUAAAAGUCAAAGCCGCGACGGACGACGAGCCCCGCAAAAGCAAAGCGCCAGGUUCUGCCGGUCGUCGGCGCGGCAAUAGUCUGACUUCGCCAUACACCAAACCCGUGGCUUUGGACAAUGCCACCAUACCUACUCAGUACCUGUCGCAGAGCCCACUCCUCGGUGCGAGAGAUGCCUCACGGCGCAUAGUCGGCAAGCGCUACAACACCAUCACCGAAGGUGUCGAGAUAGACCCAGUGAGUAGCAGUACCAGCGACAAUGACAGCGGCGGUGAGGGAACUCCGAAAAAGAAGCAAAGCAAGAUCGCACCCCCAUUGGGAAUCCUAGGCGUCUACGGCGGUGGAGUCAAGUACGAAGGCCCUUCCACCCUCGAGUGCAAGACGCCCUAUCACAUUGUCUCUUUUAUGGAAGGAGGAUUCCGAAGUCUGGUCAAGGCCAAAGACCACAAGGAUGUCUUAUACCGGCAUAACAUGCGCUUCAUGAUGCGUGUAUAUCCUCAAUACACGCGCAUCAGCUCCCAUAAUUUCAAUCCCUUGAUGUAUUGGAGGAAGGGAGUCCAGAUGGCGGCGCUCAAUUGGCAGACUUAUGAUUUGGGCAUGCAGUUGAACCAAGCCAUGUUUGAUGGUGGCACAGACCAAUCAGGAUACGUCUUGAAGCCUCACUCAAUGCGAGAGAUUCGAGUGCUGCCCGAUGGUCUCCCACAAGAGGCCAUUGGGAAGUUAGAACGCAAGAACGUUACUUUCACCAUUGAUGUCAUAUCUGCUCAACAACUCAUGCGCCCAGCCAACUUGCCGUCGAACAGGUCCCUGGAUCCAUAUGUCGAGGUGGAGGUUUUCCACGCCAAUGACAAGAGGGACAAGCAUGACAGCAGUGUUGGCAUUCCCAUUCCGACGGACACGCCUUUGAAACAACGCACUCGGGUGGUUAAAGAAAAUGGUUUCAACCCGACCUUCGAAAAGACGUGCAAGUUUAACGUAACCACCAAAUACCCUGAACUGAUCUUCGUCCGGUUCAGCGUCAAACUUUCCCCGGAUGGAGAUAACCCGAGCGAACGUGUCGCCCCCAUGGCCACAUACAUAGCCAAACUCUCCAACUUAAAACAGGGCUACCGCACUCUGCCUUUGUUCGACAGCAGUGGCGACCGUUACCUGUUCUCGACUCUGUUUUGUCGCAUCAAGGUCGAUGCUCCUACGAGCGUGUACGUUCCCCAUCCCCCAGAUGUCUCCGAAACGGUUGGCAAGUUCAAGAACUUCGGCAACAAAGUGUUCAACCGCGGGGCCAGUUCCAAGGGCGGAAGCUUCGAAAAGACGAUGGAGAAGACGGUGGAAAAGACGAGCAUCGACAGCGGAACUUCCGACAACUCGCAACAACACCUUCUACGAACCGUGUAA